AUAAAUCGCCCUUCCGCGUAUAGAAUGGGUAUGCUAGUUUGUUAGCUGUUUGUUGUUAUUCAGUUUUGUUUUGUUUUAGUGUUGUACUUUGCACCAUCUCAGCCAAUCGCUAGGCUUCUUCCAGAAUCGUCAUUCCUCGAGCAGUCUGGGGAGAGCCAAUCCCAAGCCCCAGUUUCCUGCCGUGAAUGUUAAGCCCAUUAUAUCUGUAUUGUGAAACCCAAAAAGUGCUAAUAUGUAGCUGAGAUCGUGCGAGGCAACGUUAUUGGUCUAGCGGUUCAGGGAUACGGGGGAAGAAAAGUAGCCGGGGAAGGAAGGAAAACGAAGGAGGAAUGAUGAGAAGUGUUCUUCGACAUCCAAGUAACUCUAAAUUAGAAAAAAAAAAAAAAAAAUGACGGCGCCCGUCAUUUCGAAACAUCCCUGCAACCGCUCUAUUUUCCUCGUCCGGUCUGCACUUCCCUUCCCGAAAUAGUCUCGUCAUUCAUAUCAGGAACGUUUGACGACUCAGCAAGUGCCACGGCCCCGCCGCGAAAGCUGAAAAGGAGCGAGCCCGCCCUGGAGCUUCAACAGGCUGUCUCGAGAGCCCGAGCCACGGAGUCGACGCCUCCCGCUCCCGAGUGCCGCUCCAAACGAUCACUUCGACGCCACUUGUUGUUUUGAGGCAGGGACGAGUGCCACGCCGGACUCCUCGGGGAUGGGUCACAGCGAGAACUACGGGGGAGGGGGAGCAGGUGGCGGAGGAGGAGGAGGAGGAGGAGGAGGAGGAGGGAGCCCGUCGGAAGUGUGCGUGGUGCGCCCUACCCUCAACGUCGCUCAGCGCUGCCAGAAUUACCACUUCGACCCCGGCCAUUCACGAGGGUUGCGGGAGACGAUCCAGACGAAGGCGACGGAGGCAUGCAGCCUCUCUUGCGGUUGCGUGACGUCCGCCAUCACCGCCCGCCUGCCCAUCCUGUCGUGGCUGCCGGCGUACAGGCUGCGGGAGUCUCUCCUUGGCGACAUCAUUGCCGGCGUCACUGUUGCCAUCAUGCAUAUUCCCCAAGGUAUGGCCUACGCGCUGCUGGCCAACCUCCCGCCCAUCACUGGAAUCUACAUGGCUUUUUUCCCCGUGCUGAUCUACGCCUUCCUGGGCACCUCGCGCCACUGCUCCAUGGGUACCUUCGCCGUUGUCUGCCUGAUGACCGGCAAAGUCGUAACAGAUCUGUCCUCUCCUGAAAGCGUCGACGCGGAAGGAGACACGGCAAACAACUCCACAAUGUCGGGGUCUUCGUAUUCUCCAAGCCAAGUCGCUGCUCUGGUUUCCUUUAUGGUUGGGGUGUGGGAGCUCAUCAUGGGAUUACUACAACUCGGAUCACUUAGCGUCUUCCUCUCCGACAUGCUGGUGUCUGGAUUCACAACUGGGGCUGCCAUUCAUGUGUUGACGUCACAGGUCAAGUACCUCUUUGGGCUUCACAUCCAACGAUACAGUGGACCAUUAAAGAUUAUUUAUACAUACCGUGAUAUCAUCCAGCAAUUACUAAAAUCCAACCCGGCAGCUAUGGUUGCUUCCAUGAUCACAAUUGGUGCUUUAACAUUUAACAAUGAAGUGCUUAAGCCUAAAUUGCGAGAAAAGACAAAAAUCCCCAUCCCCAUUGAACUUAUUGCCGUUAUUCUUGGGACGGUUGCCUCUUACUUUGGAGAGCUAAACGAAAACUAUGGCAUUCGCAUUGUGGGAGAAAUUCCAACUGGAUUGCCUGAGCCGGAAGCACCACCAUUUGAGCUUCUACCAAAAGUGGUUGUUGAUGCAUUUAUUAUUACAAUUGUAGCAUAUACAAUAUCUUUCUCAAUGGCAAAGAUAUUUGCUAAGAAGCAUAAUUAUGAAGUUGAUGCAGCUCAAGAAUUAUAUUCACAGUCAGCAAGUAACAUAUUUGGAUCCUUCUUCGGAUGUGCUCCCAUUGCCGCAUCUUUGUCUCGGUCCCUGAUUCAGGAAGCAGUUGGGGGUGUCACUCAAAUUACGUCACUCAUCUCAUGUUCUCUUCUCUUGCUUGUCCUUCUAUUUGUGGGACCAGUUUUUGAAAAACUACCAAAUUGUGUUCUGUCAUCAAUCAUUGUUGUGGCGCUGAAGGGAAUGUUCCUACAAGUGAAUGACCUGAAGAGGGUGUGGGCCAUCUCACGUGCUGAUGCAUCGAUAUGGAUUGCAGCCUUCCUUGCUGUUGUUAUUAUUGACAUAGAUUAUGGCCUGAUGGUUGGGGUCCUGAUGUCACUGGUAGUUUUGCUUUUUAGAGGCCAGAAACCUAGCACAGCCAUUCUUGGUUCCAUCCCCAACACAGACAUCUAUUUGGAUAUUAAGAAAUACUCCUCAGCUGUGGAAAUACCUUCAGUUUGCAUAUUCCAGUUCAAUGGACCUCUUCACUUUGCAAACAGUGAAUACUUCCGAACUCAGAUUUUCUCUAUGACUGGCCUAGAGCCUAAUGUAAUUGUUAGUACAAAGAAAGCUCUAGAGAAGAGGCAAUCGAAAUCUGACCUUGCCAUCAAGGAGAAUGGGGUGCAUGAGAGUGCAGAGAAGAUCCCUGAGAACUCUGAAGAGAAACCCAAGGACAGCAUCAGCGAGAAGCAGCUAAACGGAGCUGCAAGGUUCAUCAAGGGGAGGUUCAGCAACAAGAAGAAUAAGCAUGUGGCACUUUCCUUACCUGAAAUUAAAUGGAUAGUCCUUGACAUGAGUAAAAUUAUCUAUUUGGAUUCCACUGGUGGAAAACUUAUUGCACAGCUCCGGAAAGAAUACAAUGACGCUGGCAUCACACUUAUUCUUGCUUCAGUCUCAGAAAGUGUAUUUGAUAGCUUAGAGAAAUGCGGCACCCUGAAGACAAUCGCUACGGAACAGAUCUUCCAUUCAGUCCAUGAUGCAGUUACUGUCCUCUCAGUAUUAGAUCAGUCAGCUGUUUCAGGAAGUAAUUGCACUAAGCUCUGAACAAGUUUAUGAAGGAAAUCAUGCAUUUAGUGUUAUUAUAUUUUUUCAUGUAAUUCUAAAAAACAUAUCACAGUCCUAGAAGGUAAAGUGGCAUUGGUGCUUAGCCUUCACUAUAACUAAGUUGAAAAAAAGUAAAAAUAGUGCAUAGCUGCAUGAUCUGUAGAUUAACUGAAAUAAGGUUUGAGAAAUUAUUCAGAAAAUAGGGAUUAGCUUAAAAUAAUUAAGGCAGGUAUUUGUGCAAUUUUAUUGAAAAAAAAAAGUUUACAUGCUGUUUCAUACAUAGUAGCUCAAAUGGUAUAUGUUUUCCUAACAAUUACAUUUUUUCAUAUAAAUAAUUACGUAGGAUUAUUAUUUUUUAAGCUUCAUAUUUUCUCAUGGUAAUGAAAUAUUUGUUGAGUUGGGUUUUUUUAAUUUAUGGAGGUGUUCAUAUAGUGUUUGGUUUGCAAAUCAGGACAGAUUUGUUACUGAAAAGUCAUAUUGGAAGUACGUUCUAUUUGCAAUCACAAGUUGCCAUAAAACAUUUCUGAAUGUUUAAAUAUCAAAAAAAGACAAGUUUUUGAUGGGAAUGGCUCAGGUUCCAAAGACAUUUUUCAGGCUAAUUUUAGGGUGAAGUAAUAUUUUUUGUACAAAGGUAGAGUAAUGCAUAGGAUAUGAAUAUAGUGCAUUUUUACCAUGAAACUUGAGAAAUUCUCUUACAAAAAUGUGAAGUAAAUAAUGAAAUCCAUCUAUCUCUGUUUAUUAGUGGCCAGUCAUGCAAUUUGUCCAAGAAAUUUAUUAUAAAUGCAAUUGUAUGUUCUUUAAGUUUGCUAUUUGUAUUGCCUAGACCAUACUAAGUUGCACUCUUGGAUUUUGCAUUUUUAGUUUAUAACUAUGAGUUGCUUUAGGACAGCUUACUAUCAAGUAAAAAGCUAGUUGAAAACUGCCUAUCAUGUAGGUUACCAGACUUCCUCUAUCAGUAUGUGUUUUAACAUAUUUCAUGUUACAACAUGAAACCCUGGCUUCAUGAAGAAGAUGCAAACACAGAUGCAUUAUUUAUAGGUUAUUUAUGGUAUGUGAGUUUUGUGGGGGUGCAAAUAAAUUAAUGUAAUAUUAGUAGUGAUUGCAAAUGAUUAGGUAGUAAGCAGUAAAGAAAACUAAGACUGUAUAAAAACAACAACAUUUAAUUAAGAGAUUUUUGUGCCUGAAUUUUCUCCUCAAGUGCAUUUGAUAGACAACAUUACAGAGUAAAAGUCAUUUUACAAUUUCAAUUUUGUGCAUUAUCAUAUCUCUUAUGCUUGUCAUUGAAAUUGAGUGGAAAUAUUGAAAAUAUUUGUUCUUCCACCUGUUUCUCGUGAAGUGCUCCUGCUUGUAAGUUCUCUUCCUGAUAAAUGUUCCAUAAUUUAAAGUACCGAGUCCAUUUGUAAAGUUACUAAGUUGGUAUUUUAUAAAGAAUCUCAUUUUCCAUAUUAUAAAAUGAAAAUCAGAUCUUAUAUCAAAACAUUUCUUCAGGAAGAAAUAUAUCUGGUCUUGUUUUGUCUGAAAAGAUAUUUAGAGCAAUAAGGAAAAUGAUAAGGUGUACCUUAGCAGAGUGUAUAGAUAGUCAUGAUAUGUGUUCAGUUUUGUACAUUGUAUUUGUGAUAGUAUGUGCCUUUGUGUGUUGCUAUGCAUCACUGGAACUUGAUGUUCAUGUGAAGCAGGGUUUGGCAGAGUAUUUGUUAGAGGGUUGUGCAGUUGCCUUUAAAGACCCAUUUCUAGUGACAGAUCUUACUGAAUCAUAAGAGAGGUUAUGUAAAAAGUAGAUAUAUAUUUUUAAAAACUAUUUUGAGCCACAGCAGUUUUUAAGUAUUCUUUCAUUGUAUGUGCAAUCACUGCUAAGCCUUACUCAUAGUAAUCAUUUACAAAUUUCCUAGAGAGAUAUAUCAAAUUUUGAUAAUUUUUAAUGUCUUCAAACUGUUAAGAUGAAAAGAAUCAUAUUAAUUUUGUUACUAAUAUUCUGUUACAUAUACUUAAUAUACCCUUAGAUUUGUCUGGCAAUUUAGUCAGGCAUUACAUAUAGUUAUAAAAGAAUACUUAUUUUUAAAAAUUGGUCCUUCACAUAUGACGCAUGCACACACACACACACACACACACACACACACACACACACACACACACACACACACACACACACACACACACACACACACACACA